AUGGGGGGCACUGCAGAACGGGGCUUAAACAGGGGUGAGUGCGGGCGCUGCCGGGUCCCGCCGCCACAGCGGCUCCGGCGCCUCACCCGCCRCCCCCUGCUCUUCCCACAGAAAGGAGAGACCGUUAAGCGGAUACGGGAGCAGAGCAGCGCCCGCAUCACCAUCUCGGAGGGCUCCUGCCCCGAGCGCAUCACCACCAUCACCGGCUCCACCGACGCCGUCUUCCGCGCCGUCUCCAUGAUCGCCUUCAAGCUGGAGGAGGACCUGGGGGACGGCGGCGCGCCGGGCCGGGCGCCGGUGACGCUGCGCCUCGUCAUCCCCGCCAGCCAGUGCGGCUCGCUCAUCGGCAAGGCGGGCGCCAAGAUCCGCGAGAUCCGCGAGAGCACCGGGGCGCAGGUGCAGGUGGCCGGCGACCUGCUGCCCAACUCCACGGAGCGGGCGGUCACCGUGUCGGGCGGCCCCGACACCAUCGUGCAGUGCGUGCGGCAGAUCUGCGCCGUCAUCCUGGAGUCGCCUCCGAAGGGGGCCACCAUUCCCUAUCACCCYGGCCUCUCCCUGGGCACCAUCCUGCUCUCUGCCAACCAGGGCUUCUCCAUGCACGGCCAGUACGGCAGCGUCUCUCCCGCGGAGGUGACAAAGCUGCAGCAGCUGUCGGGACACACGCUGCCCUUCGCGCCCCUGGCGCCGCCGGCCUCCGUGGUGCCAGGGCUGGACRGCAGCUCCCAGAGCAGCUCCCAGGAGUUCCUGGUGCCCAACGACCUCGUCGGCUGCAUCAUCGGCCGCCACGGCAGCAAGAUCAGCGAGAUCCGGCARAUGUCGGGCGCCCACAUCAAGAUCGGCAACCAGACGGAGGGCUCCAGCGAGCGGCACGUCACCAUCACGGGCUCGCCCGUCAGCAUCACCCUGGCUCAGUACCUCAUCACCGCCUGCUUAGAGACGGCCAAAUCUACCUCGCCGGUGCCGCCGGGCGCCGGCUCCGUGGACCUCAGCAUGGGCUUCCCGCAGGCGCUGCCGCCCGUCGCGGCGCCGCCGGCGCUCCUGGGCGCGCCCUACGCCAUCUCCCUCUCCAACUUCAUCGGCAUCAAGCCCGUCUCCUUCCUGGCGCUGCCGCCGUCCUCCGCCGCGGCGCCCAACGGCACCGCCGCCUACACGACCAAGAUCUCGGCGGCCAACGGCGCCAAGAAAGGCGAGCGGCAGAAGUUCUCGCCCUACUGAGCCCCUCGGACGGGGGGUGAAGGAGCCCGGGGGGCCCUCCAGGGA